AUGGUCCUCACUUGGAUCCUCAACACCAUUAACCCUUCUCUUGCAAAUUCCCUUGAUUACCACGAUGACCCCCGUGCUGUUUGGCUCGAUCUUGAGUCCCGUUUUUGCCACGGCAACAACGCUCGCUUAUUUCAUCUCAAACGAGAGAUCUCUAACCUUCACCAAAACCAUCUCUCCAUACCCGAUUAUUACAAUAGCAUCAAACAACUAUGGGAUGAAUUAGGAAACCUCCAACCCACCACCGAUGCCACCACUUUAGAGCAAAGAGCUGAGGACGAACGGGUGUUCCAAUUUCUUUUGGGACUCAAUGAUUCGUUCGCAACCCUUCGGUCCCAAAUCCUUGCCACCGAUCCUCUUCCAUCUCUGAACCGAGUCUUCUCCAUCCUCUUUCAAGAGGAACAACAACGACUCCUCCAAGUUUCUCAUAUUUCGUCGGGACCCAUAGCCCUUGCCGCUCGAAAUUCCAUCCACGAACUGCCACCUCUCAAAUGCUCCGAAUGUGGUAAAGAUGGACACCUGCGCAACCGAUGUUGGCUCAUCGUCGGAUACCCACCUGGGCGUGAACCUCGCAACCAUCGCAAGCCUUCGCUGCUCGGGAAACCACCCUCUGCCACCGUUCAUCUCGCCGAUUCCUCCUCGAGUCCCAUCCCAAGGCUCUCUCCGGAAGACUAUCAACAGCUAAAACUUCUCCUGAAAACCCCCACUCCGAUGGCAAACUUUGUUGGUAACUCCUUCUCAACCCCCUCUGUUUUUUAUCCUCACACGGAUUGGAUAAUCGACAGUGGCGCUAGUGAUCAUAUGAGACACUGUUGA